ACCCCGGCUGGGGAAGUGCGUUUACUAUGCUUGGGAUGCAAAUGUACGCAUAACUUGAAAUGUUUUCAUCGAAAAAUGGAGAUCCUACUGUAUUGUGUAAUAAAUACUUAGAGAUUAACUUACUUAUUAAAAAUUAAAGCCACAAACACAAUGACCUUACACAUUCUGGCACUCACAAAUUUACUAAUGAGAAGCCACUACUAGAGGCCGCUGAGGAUUGUUGAGUGCACAAUCAAAGAUGGCAGCGGAAACAGGGAUACCCUCUGUUUAUUUGGAGCACCAAUUAUCGCACGGUCGAGCUACCAAAAGACAGCAAGGUUCAAUUAUUGAGAAACUUCGUCACCGAAGUGCUCAAAAUCGUUCUUGGACUGAUAGCAUAAAAACUGUGCGCAAUGCUGUUGCAGAGCGCCGUAUGCAGGCAGAUAAUAUGGAAAACUCCUGUGUUAAAAAAUGCUUAGACACUAUACAAAAAGCAAUGAAGGUUAUAUCUCCACAAACAUUAAAAGAAAGAUUAGAUUUAAUUGGUCGUCAGUUGGGGCUCACAACAAAUAUUCAGGAGCAGAAGGUGUCUAUUGGAACUGAUGCCUUUCAAGUGGAUGUUAUAUUAGAUGGAGGAACCAUAUCCAAUGUAAAGUUAGCCAAUCAAGGAGAUAUUAUUGACUGUCCAGACCUUAGAGACAUUUUGAAGAAAGGAGAUUUUACAGAGUUUAUUGAGCAUUUACAAGGACUACAGAGCAUUUAUCAAGUCACAAACGAUGAGAAAUUAAAAUCAAAAGCAUUCUUAGUCCUACAAGCACUUGAAAAAGACCUCAAUCAAUUGGCACAAUUUCAAAGUUCCAUCAAUGGGGUCGCAAAUUACAUUCAUAAGUGCCCUCUGGGUAUCAUGCUGCCAAGACUUGCUGGAAAACCCAUGAAGCUGAUAUAUUUUGUAUCUCCUUAUGAUUUAUUGGACAAAAAGUCUCUUAAAGCACAUCCACUAACUGUCGAAGCUGUGACAGAAAACUUUCUAGGACAGAGUGUUACUGUGUGUAUUGAACCUGUCCAAGAGUCUGCAGGUCCCAACAAACUUCAAACAAUGCCGCUAAUGAAUGUUAGUAAAACUCCAGAUGGAAAAAGCUUGCCAACAUUUUCUGCUGUAACGAAAAUCAACAGCAUGAUGCUACCUGCUAGCUUUGUUCUUAUUCUACCUCAAAGCAUACCCAUAUCCAUUCAACUUCUUCAGAAAAUCAACACACUCACAACAUUAGAAAUUCACAAGGACACAGAAAUCAAAAGUUUACGCUCAUUGAUAUUGGAGUCUUUUUCUGGUGGUAAAAUUAAGGACAACAAGAAGUUAUAUGUGUCAUUGCCAGAUCAACAGCAUAUUUAUAUCUUGGACGGCUUGAAUGGUGGUUUGACUGAUCAGCAGGGAGUUAUGGUGUCUCGUAUUCCAUUUACUCAUCCAACACAUGUGCCACAAAUCCUUAACAGCUUGAGACAGCAACUUUUAUUUAACAUCGUAAUAGGAAGUUGUAUUCGGCCAGGUGCAAAUAAAGAUUUAACAAAUACCAUAGUGUUUGAAAUAACUGCUGUUUCACUGCAACAACUUACCAUAGUAUUUGAACAUCCUGCUUAUGAUUCUUUAAUCACAGUGGAUAUUGAUCUGUCUGAUAUCACCAAUGUCAAAUGCCGCGUGGCAUGUUCUAAUCCAGACCAAAUUCUCUGUUCUGAUGAAUUGGCUUCCAGGAUUUUUCAGCGUUGCAUGUCCAUUCCUAUUUUGCUUCGCUGGCUAAUCAGUAAAGGUCGUGGACAAUUAGACAAACUAAAAGAGGCUGCACUUGCAGCAGAAAAGGAACGAAAAGAAAAGGCAUUAUUCUUAAAAGAAAUGCAGCGGCAGGCUAAACUUCAAGCUACAACUUUGCCUACCAAAGGCAGGCCUCCGCCACAGCCGCCUCAUCCGCCGCCUCUUCCUCCUCCGCCAAGUUAUCCCCUUCAUCAUUACUCUCCCAUGCACGUUUCUCAUGGUCACAUUAGCAGCAAUGGACAGACUCCUCUUAUGCCUAUGAUCCUGUCUGAUCCAAGGAAUGUAAUAGAUGAGUUCCGGAAUAUGACAGAAACCAACAGCCAGCGUGCAGAUGCCCUUCUCAUGUCUCCAGAGCUUGAGAAAGGCCACAAUCCUCUUUUGUCAACAUUAUUAGAUGCAGAUAAAAUGACGGGAGGAGUGCAGACUGAGGUACAUGACAGCCCAAUGUUAUCUAGACUUCUUGAUGACAACACUUCUGUGGCUACCACAGUCAUUCCUAUGAAUUGUAAGCCCACACCUAAUCUUACUGGAAAGCGUCCACGUAAAAGGCGAUCUCAGUCAGAGAUAAGUGGGCCAAGCCCAAAACAUCGUUUCAGUGAGGUUGAUUCAUCUGACAGGCUCAGCUCCAUGGAACUAGACAUGGGCACACCCAUCAUGGGCUCAUCCAGUCACCAUCACCACCACCACCACCAAAUGCUCAAUCAUGCUGCAAAUGUAUCACGUACACAAGGUAACGUUAUUGAUCUGACAGAAGACAAUUUGGUUGUGGAGUCGUCAACUUUAAAGAAGUUAGCUGAAAGUGUAGACAAGCAUUUUAUCCACAAAGAUGUCAAAUCUGAGCAAGAUUUAUCCAUGCUGCUAAGUGAGACAGAGGCUGCAAGUAGAAUCCCUAAUAUUUUACAAAAUUCUCCAUCGGGCUCAAAAAACGAGAACGCCUCUACCUCUCUUGAGGUCAUCCUCAAAGGGUCGGGAGAGGUAGGCAGGGCUAAGGACUUCGACCCAAGUGAUGUUACUAGUGUGCAUAACAGCACCAAUUUAUCCAAGCUGAGCAGUCUGUUGUUGGCUUCUUCUGACAGCCCCACAAUGAUUCUCAGUGCCCCACCCCACAAAGCUAAUUCUCAUUUUUUCUCUGAUGGGCAGCUUGGUAGUGAUAAAACUUUUGGUGCUGUAAUGGGCAGGACAGUUGCUAUAAACUCUUUGCUACAGGAUGUUAAACCCACUCCUACAUCCUUACGCAAGGGAUUGUUACAACAAUCUUCUAGUGUUGAUCAUCCCAAUGACAUUGGCAUAUUUGAAAAGUUUGAUAUAACAAGGCAGCAACAGAAUGUAGCAAUGGAUAUAAGUAACAAUGAAUUAAAAUCACAAACUAUUGAAGGUAAGGUUUCAUUGAAGCUUCGAGUGGGGCCUUUGAAACAACAAAAUGCUGUGAAGCCACUCAAGUCUGCUCAUUCUGUUGAUGAAUCAGAUCUGGUUUAUAGCAAAUCUAACAAUAUAGGAACUUUUGAUUUUAAAAGUGAUGAGGAUGAAGAUGAUCCCAUAAGGUUUUCCGAUAGAUUUGUGUAUUCGUCAAGCCCACCUCGUGUUCAUAUUUCAUCCAAUAAGCAAAAACGUGGGAGUGAUUCAUCCAUUUCCCAAAAGUCAGAAAAAACUAAGAAAAAGGAAAGAAGUUCUGGAAACACCACCAAAAGAAAAAGAGAUAAAGAUGAAUCCAAAAGAGAAAAAAAAAGGAAAAAAGCUGAACAUGUGAUCCAGGAGUCUGUAUAUCGAACGGUUGAAAAUGAUUCUAAAACUGACAUUAAACUGAAAAUCAGAGUUGCUAAAAAACCAUUGAAUGACAAAUCGGACAUUUCUUCUGAUGGUAAAAUUCAGCAAAGUUAUGAAAUAUCUAAAAAGUCACUACCUAGUCCAAAUGAAAAAUACAACUCUAAUAAAGACUCAAAAGAAAGCAUUGCUGUGAAAGAUACUACUAGUAUUUCAAUUUCUUCAGAGGUCCCAAAAGAAAAGGAUUUAAAUGCAACCAAUUCACACAAGUCCAUUUCUAGCACCUCCUCCACAAAACCUUCAGCUGCUCAUAAACCUUCUCCCAAGACAGUCAGCUCAAAAUUAAAUCAGGUUGUCUCCAUAAGUAGCAAACCAGAUCCCAAGCUGGUGACUAAAGCUACUAUCAGGCUAAAGCCAUUGACUAUGCUAAAUUCCACGGUGAAUAUUAGCCAGUCCAAGACAUCUACAACCUGUACCAACACCAGCAAAACAGAUCGUAGAAGUUCCACAACUGGAACACCGCCAGUUGCAGAAAAAAGAUCAACUGCAUUAAACACUUCCUGGGAAAGGAAAAGUUCAUCUGUAGAUCGUAGAAAUUCUAUACAGUCCUCUGUAUCUACCCCAUUGUCUUCAUCUUCAACCAGCACGACAAACACAGCAUCCACCACAAGUGUAACACCAACCACAUCAGCCAAUCUUUCCCUCUCAAGCAUAUUACCCAAUGCACCUACUGUCAGUAAAAUUGCCAGUCUGCCAAGAAUUCCAAAACUGUCUUCCUCCUCAUCCACUACUUCCAUCAAUCGUACAUCAAGUCUUGACCCUGCCUCUGGCGCCAGCCCUGCCCCUUCUGGAACUAAAGAUAACAACAGUUACAACGUUGGUCCUGCAGGCAGGCCAAAUAGUAGCUCUGCUGCAGGGAGUGGUAGAGCCUCAGCCAGCAGUGGUGCUUCAUUUAAUUAUGGCACUAAUAGACUUAAUUUACACACAAACAGAUUGCCAGGCCCCACACACCGGCAGACUAGUCCCAACAUAACUUCUGGGCAAAGUGGCCAACAGAGAUCUGGCGGUGUUCGUUCUCAUCAUACAUCCAGUGGUGGCAGCACGCCAACUGGUCAGAAACAGGUUGUCAAUAGCCAUAAGACUUCUUCAAGUUCAACUGGUAAUGCUACCUCUAAAGGUAGCAGUGGUAAAAGUUUUGGACCUGUUAAAAUUGGUUUAAAUAACAGUAACAAAUUAACUCACACAAACUUGAACAUGGCGCAGAAAGCUUCAGCAGGUAUAAACAACAGCGGGCUGCGACAAGCAGGUCACACUGCACAUAACAGAAGCAGCUCUGCUCCCGGUAAUGUUAGUAGGUCACCCAAUACAUCAGGAUUAACCAAAUCUCCCAGCUCUGGGAAAUCUCCCAACAUAUCCAAUUCCAGCAAAUCACCAAAUAUCAGCAGUGCUGGCAGAUCUCCAAGCUUGACAUCAUCCAAUAAAUCCCCCAACAUAACCAAUGUGAGCAGGUCACCUAACAUGAGCUCAGGCAAGUCACCUAACAUCAACCCAAACAGAUCUCCCAGUAGACCCUCUCCUGGUGGCAAGUCUCAUAAGCAUUCUUCUGCUAGCAGCAAACCAGCUGUAAGUAAAAGCCAAGCCACAGAUGCUGGAGCUAACUUCAAUCCUGGUGGCACCACCAAAGUCUCACACAACAAGAAUGUGAUGAAAACUACACCAUCACCUGCUGCACAACCCAAUAAAAAUGUUUCUCUCUCAUCAUCCAGUAGCAAAAGUGUCAGCUUGUCCGGCAUAGAACCAGUGGAGCCAGCACACCAGCCUCCCAGUACAUUGCAGCAAAAACCUCUUCCUGAUGAAUCUGAGCAUAACUUCAUAAACAAAGGCAGCAGUGAUUUACCUAGUUGUGCAAUGGCUAGAUCUACCUCUAGUACUCCAACAACUCCGAUGAGUGCUGACAAUUGUAAAACUAAGUUUAGUUUUCCUUCAGCCUCAAGAGGAAGAAAGAACUCAUUGUCUGCUAUUGUAGAUAAAUUGAAACACAAUGCUGUGGGCAGUGGAAUAGAUCUUGUUGGUGUUUUGCACACACCAACAGAAUCUCACAGUGCUGUUAACAGUAUGUCCUUGUUAGAUACAGAAAGUCAAAAACAGUCAAAUCGAGAUUCCAAAAAUGGUAUCCAAUGUGUGGAAGUUCAAAAACAGGAUGAAAAUAAACCAGAAGGUAACAUGAACUGUGUUUCUGUCAACAGUCCAUUCAAUCAUUCAUCCUCUCCUGGAUCUAAUAAAGCUCAUGAACUGUGUGAUUCAUCAACAAAAACUUACAGUUUAGAAAAUGAGAAAUCUACCAAAACAAAGGCUGCUAAAACUUUAGAAGAUAGGUCUAUAAACAUUUGUAAAAGUUCAGAACUGAACCAUGGUCUUGAUCUGACUGUACCUAAAGAAAAAGGUCAUGUACAUAAAAUUGAGAUGCCGUCUAAAGCCUUGAGUUUAGACAACAAGCAUUCAAGUAAGAAAGAUAAACCAUCCCCUCUGAAAUUACCUUCUCCCAUUCAAUCACCAUCUGCUUCACCAUUCCAUCCCCAGUCUUCUCCCAAUUCUUCACCUCUCAACACAUGUACUGUAGGCAGUGCUAAACAACAGAAAGAUUCUGAUGAUAAAAUAUUUAAAAUUCCAUCUGUGAAACAAGAUGAACUUAGUGAAACUGGUAAAGUGGACCUCCUUGAAAAGUGUAAUGCUACGAAAAACAAAGAUUCCAAAGUGAAAAACUCAGCAUCCUCCCUAUCUAGUCCCCUUAGUGACAUAAGCAGUCCUGAGAAUGGUCUGGUCAUAGAUGAUGAAGAGUCAACUACUUGUAAUAAUAUUCUUCCUAAAGUUGUAUCAUCUGGAGAUAAAGCCCUCAUGAAAGCACACCUGCCUAAAGAAGAUUCCAGUAUCCAGCUUACUGGAGAGACCAGUCCCUUGAACAAUGUUGAUGUGCCAGUCUCUCCCAAGGGGGGUACAGUGUCAGCGACAAGAUCUCCAGCACUGGCCAAGACUCCCAAAUGUUCCGACUCUCCCUGUGAAAUUGAUGAUGACCUGAUGGAUGUUGCUUUAGGAUUUGGUAGCUGUUGAUCAGAAGUUGCUUCUCAUGUUUAUCCAGUCCAGAUCCCUUAGCUGUGAAUAUUUGCCAGGUGUAUGGUGUCAGACUCAUGAAUGUUAACAAGUGAUAAUUUGGACUGAGCCAGCACGUAUUCCUAAUCACAAGUGCCAUUAAAUUAUCACUUAGCAUUUAUCUUUCAAGAAAAGAAGAUGAGUGGUACAGCUGGAAUAUCUAAGAACUACCUUCAUAUUUCUUUGUAAAUAAUUUUUGUGUACUUUUUUUUUCUUUUUUUUUUCUGACCCUCAAACUUAAAGAUCACGAAAACACUAAGUCGCUGUACAGUAUUUAUGUGUAUAGAAUUGAAUGCAUUGUACUAAGGUAUUUUAUGUCCUUAAAUAAUUUAUGUAGUAAGGAGGCACCUUUUUUUUUUGUCAAAAGUGAAGCAUUAUACUCUGAGUGUGAGUACCACUGCUUAAAGGAUUCUCUUGUAUUGAUUAGCUGCUGGAUUAUUUAAUUGGUUAUUGAGCUUUAUUUCUCCUAGUAGAUUUUUGUUCAUGAACCAAGAGUUUAUUAUUUAAGUAUUUCCAGUUAUGUGAUACUUCUUGUGAUGUUUACUACUUUAGGUUAGAGGACUUGGUCUUCAGCUUUGUUUAUGUUGAAUUUCUUCCUUCAAUUUUUUUUUGUUUUCUUCCUACAUUCUCUUUUUUUACCUACCAGAAUCUGCUACAGCAGUAUUUUCCAAUACUCUAAAGACUAUACUGGUAAUUCUCACAGUGAUGAUUGUGCAGAAUGCUUCAAACCUUAGUUUUUAUGUUAGUGCCAGUUACAUUGUUAACACUUAAUGAUCAAUACCGGUAAUUCUCUUUUAGCUGCAGCAUUCAGCAGGUAGAAAAACACAACUGUUGUUUACAUAACUCUGUACUGACUUUUCAAAACUUCUCAUACUUAACCCCAGAAAUUAGGUGACUCAUUUCAAGCAAUUACGUCAUCACUAAUAUUAUAAUUUUGUUCAUCCAGCUAUUGGAAUAAAAAAUUAAACAUUCCAAGCAGAUGUUUCAGUGCUGUAACAAUCCACAAAACAUUAGCUUGUAACCCUUUUGAACAGACAUCAAAACUAUUUUCUUUUUCUAAUGCAGGUGUGAAUCCUAUAAGGUGUCUGUCUCUCCUCUUAGUUUCUAGUUAUAAACCAGCAAUGUUUUGAAGUAAAGCUGUGUAACAAUGAAGCCUCUUUCUGCAGAAUGCUUUUCUAUUAACAAACACUAAAGGAGUUUGCUGUCUCUUUGGUUGGAGCCUUUCCUCAAGCAACUAUUGGAGCCAGGCUGAAUUAACUUUAUUUGAUAAAACAUUUUUUUCUUAACCAUGCUGAACAUGGUAAUUCUGGAAAUGUUGUUAAAAUGACUGUUCCUAGUAAUGUGUUUUGUUUUUUCCACAUAAUAAUUUUCAAGAAAGCCAAUAGAUUAAUUAUAAUAAACACCUAAAUGUUAAGUAUUGCAUAAAAUGAAAAAAAGCAGAAGUUGGAAUAUUCCCAUUUUCAGGAAUCAUGCCUAGUCUAGCAGUAAAAAAAAGUUUUAUUUGCCUGAUUGUUUGACAUUACUGACAAACCAAGUUUUAAGUUUGUUAAAAUAUUUACAUUGAUGAAAAUAUUUUUAGACUAAAAUGAACAAAUGAUUUAUUUUGUGUAGUAGAUACAAAAGUAUAAGAUUUGAAUACAGUUGAUUUUAAUGUUAUCUGAACUUAGUGUCAAAGUUGAUACUUGCUCUUUAGCAAACAUGGUAGACGUCAAGAAGUGUAUGCACCAUAAACCCAUUUUAGGUGAUUUCCACUAUUUUACCAAACACAUCAAUGUCAGGAGGGGGAUUUCAAUAAUUUCACCAAACUCAUGAAUGUGAUACUCAUCAUUUCAACAAAUUUGUAAUGGACUAUUAUUUUUAAGGCUUGUAAGAAUUUUUGUGUGUAUUAUUUUCAUUUUGUCAAGAAAUGUUUAUUUGUUCUUCUACAAGUUAAUGAAUUGCUCAUUCAUAUUGGAUGAGAUUAACUAGUAGACAGAUACACAAAGCAUUCACUGUUACUGUAAAUCAUGAUCAGUGUAUUGAAUUGUAGCUUUAUAUUGAUCUUUGCUCUGAAAAAAAGUUUAUCAUUACCAUCAAGAAGUUUUUUGUGGUAGGCUACUCAUCGUAUCUGACCUCUUUUAAUUUUAUACUGCUCUUGCCGUCACAUGCCAUUAUAAUAUAAUUUAUCAAGCCUUAACAGCUUUCUUCCCAUUAAAAUUGAGAGACACAUCAGGUUAAUUGAGGAACAUUGCUUAUAAACCCUGUCAUUUCAGCAUAAGGUGAUGUGACACAAUUUUUUUCCAGUGUAAUAUACAAAUAACUAAUGCACUUUAAUAAGUUGUACAAAGUAAUAAGCAUGACACUACAUUCUUGGAAUGAAAAAAAAAACAUCUUUGCCAAUAACAUUUUCUUAUGAAAGUUAAAUCAAUAGCUUUGUGAAAAUAUUUCUGCAAUGGAAUUUGUUCUUCAGCCAUCAUACAGAUAGAAACAGAUUGCUUUGUAAUGCAAAUCUAGAUAAUUUAAAUAUAUAUUUUAAUGACCAAUUGUUUCAGCAUAUUUCAGAUGAAGACAUAAUUGUUUCCAUUACCAAUGUAAUGUAUUUUAUUUUGAAUUCUUUGCAUUUUGGGUAUUGCAAUAUAUUUUUAGAUUUUACCAAUGAAUUAGAAAGCAUAUGUCCAAACACGAAUUUGCUUCCUCAGCCAAGAUAUUUACAUUUUUUAAAGCAUGAAUAGUGCCAAAGCUUUCUAUGAGCAAAAUAAAAA